GUAAAAGACAACAGAGCGUAUAAAACUGUUGAAAGUCCCAUCCAAGUAAUCUGACAGGUGGGACACCGAAACAUCGGAUAGAUUUCUUCACAUCCAAACCAAAACACACAGCAGAUUCACAAACCUCCCCAUUCACUACAAAUUCAAGUUUGGGUUUUCUUUCUUUCUUUUUUGUAUGCUUUUUUGAUUGUUCAAAGAAAGGGUAUGGUGCGCUCCAAAGCCUCUCUACUUGAUCUUGAUCAUGAUGAUCAUCAUCAAUUGAUGGACGGUCCUGAUGGGGAUGUUGGUGCUGUUCCCCCAUCUUCUUCUGAUGUCUCUUGCUCGAUUUGCCUUGAUUUGGUCUCCGAUACUGGAGGUAGAUCCAGGGCUAAGCUUCUAUGUGGUCAUCAAUUCCAUCUAGAUUGCAUUGGUUCGGCCUUUAAUAUGAAGGGGGCGAUGCAAUGCCCGAAUUGCCGAAAGGUAGAAAAAGGUCAGUGGUUGUAUGCGAAUGGAUCCAACCGAUCGCUUCCUGAGCUAACCAUGGAGGACUGGAAUCUUGAUGAUGAUUAUUAUGAGCCAGUUUAUUCUGAAAUGCAGCAAUUUAGAGCUCAGUGGUGUCCAUAUGGCGAAUUCACAAGAAUCGGUUCAUCAUCUGAGGAAGUUGAAUCUCCUUCGACUACAUAUCACGAAAUACAUGGACACCAUGCUAUAUUUGCUGAACACGCUGCUGCUUCAUCUGUGGCCCAUUCAUAUGUUGCAUAUGUUGGACCACUUCCAUCCACUACUCUAAGAAAUAGUGAUAGUGUUGAUGAUCCCAACGUUAAUCGCCAUUGGAACAUCCUCUCUGGACACAAUGAGAUUUUGAUCCCCCAUGCUUUGCCCACCAUUAGUAUCCAAUACCAUAGUUGGGGCCGCCAUUCUCCAAAUUUCUCUAUAUCCAAUAGUCAUAUUGGCAGUACUGAUCCAGCUUCUGUUCCAGCUGCAGCUCUGAGAUCCUCUAAUGGUGAACCUGAUGCAUCAACUGUACCCAGAUUGUUUGGACAUCCUUUUCCCUUUGAGCAUGGCUCCAGUUCAAGAGGCGGGAGUUCGUUUGUCUCUUCAGUUUUUCAUCAUCAUCCAGGCAGCGGUGCUCAUACCCAUGAUAGAACCUGGCCAUCUCUUGCCUAUUAUAGACAGCAACAUCGUUUCAAUCAACAGCGAUUCAAUCGACCUGGUGUGCCUGCUCCGGUAGUUCCUGGUAUAAGAGGUGUGGCCCCAAUGACCCCAGCAGUCCCACAACCUGAUCAAACUGGGGGCUUCUAUGUCUACCCUCGAUCAAGUUCAUCUGGACAGAACCUACCGGAAGCAGAAAGCUCUUAUCCAAAUAAUUAUAUUGCUUUGGAAAGAGAGCGUUUGUCUCAUUUCCGAACUGUGUCAAGAGUCACUGGUUGGGGGGCAUAUCGUCCUACAUCUGGCUCUGGUUCUGGCAACCGAUCUGGGACCGACCAUAGAUGAACCGGUCACAUAUUGGUUGCAAAUUCCUAUCAAUUUGUUUGUCCAUGUUUGUUUCAAACGAUUUGAAUCAGACUUUAUGACUCGCAUGAAAAAGGAAACUUCAAGAAGUGAUAAA